AUGCCUCUUCUCGAAGCCCGUGUCAAGAGCAUUCUGUCGGGCGACACCCUCAUCCUGACUCAUGUCACCAACCGCAGCCAGGAACGGACUUUGAGUUUGGCCUACGCCUCUGCCCCGCGGCUACGUAGAGAAGGUGACGAGCCAUUUGCCUUUAAGUCUCGAGAAUUCCUGCGUGAGCUGCUUGUCGGCAAGGUUAUCCAGUUCCAGGUGCUCUACACCGUCCCCACUACGAAACGAGAAUACGGUAUCGUGAAGCUCCCUAAUAACCAGGAGCUGCCAGACAUAAGCCUGGCGGAGGGAUGGGUUAAAUUGCGCGAUGAUGUGAGCAGGCAAGAAGAGUCUGAGGAUACUGUGGCGCUCUUGGACAAGCUGCGAGGUCUCGAAAGCCGUGCUCGGACGGAAUCAAAAGGGCUUUGGGCAUCGACUGGCGGGCACAUCGAGUCAGCUUACGAAGUGGCAGAUCCAAAGGCAUUAGUUGAGAGUGAGAAGGGGAAGCAGAUCGACGCAGUUGUGGAAAAGAGAAACAUCUUCAGACCCUGGGUUGUUAUUGCGGGAAUCCGUGCUCCAGCUACAAAACGGACAAAUGCUGAUGGUACGGAAAUACCAGGUGAACCAUUGGGAGAACAGGCUCAGCAAUUCGUGGAGCUCAGGCUGCUUCAGAGGAAGGUUAAGAUUUCACUGCUGGGUGUGAACCCGCAGAACCAGCUUAUUGCCAACGUUCUCCAUCCCAAUGGCAAUAUUGCCAAGUUCGUUCUAGAGGCUGGACUGGCAAGGUGUGCAGAUUACCAUUCUACUAUGAUUGGGAAAGAGAUGGCUACCUUACGACAAGCUGAGAAUGCGGCUAAGGAAGCUCGGAAAGGGCUGUUUACCGGGUUUGCUGCCCCCAAAGGAGGGUCUGCUGCCGCCCAAGUGGACUUCGUUGUUAGUCGCGUGUUUAGUGCAGAUACGAUUUUUGUACGAUCAAAGACUGGAAAGGAUGAGAAGAAAAUAAGCCUCAGCAGCGUCCGGCAACCAAAACUAUCCGAUCCCAAGCAGGCGCCAUUUAUCGCGGAAGCCAAGGAGUUUUUACGCAAGAAGCUCAUUGGUAAACACGUCAAAGUCAAGAUUGAUGGAAAAAGACCUGCAUCAGAAGGGUUUGAAGAACGUGAGGUUGCUACAGUCAUAUCAGGAAAUACGAACGUGGCAUUGCUUCUCGUACAGUCCGGUUACGCUUCUGUCAUCCGACAUCGUCGGGAUGAUGACGAUCGCUCUCCUGAAUACGAUGCUUUACUACAAGCGGAAGAAACUUCUCAGAAGGAAGGAAAGGGAAUGUGGUCUUCUAAACCACCAACAACAAGAACACCACAGGACUACUCUGAAAGUGUACAAAAGGCUAAGAUUCAGGCCUUCUGUGAUGCAAAGACAGAGGAAGAUAAUGCCAAACUCACGCUCGUCCUUGCUGGUAUUCGUGCGCCCAAAUCAGCAAGAAACCCAGGAGAGACUUCAGAACCCUUUGGCCAAGAAGCCCAUGACUUUGCCUAUCGGAGAUGCAUGCAGCGUGACGUCGAAAUUGACGUGGAUACCACUGACAACUUUGGCGGUUUCAUCGGCAGCCUAUAUGUCAACAGAGAAAAUUUUGCCAAGGUUCUCGUUGAAGAGGGCCUUGCCACUGUCCACGCCUACUCUGCUGAGCAAAGCGGGCAUGCUGCGGAGCUUUUUGCAGCGGAAAAGAAAGCUAAAGAGGCACGGAAGGGCCUGUGGCAUGAUUGGGAUCCAAGCAAAGAUCUCGAAGAGAACGAGGACAAUUCACUCAGCGCAAUCAAUGGUGCAGAUGAUGGCACAGAUGCCCUUGAGCGAAAGAAGGACUAUCGCGACGUAAUGAUCACAAACGUCGACGAAACAGGGAAACUAAAAAUCCAGCAAAUCGGUGCGGGCACCACUGCACUCAUCGAGAUGAUGAACGCCUUCCGAGCCUUCCACCUAAAUAAGGCCAAUGAUACGCCGCUAAGUGGCCCACCCAAGGCUGGAGACCUAGUCGCUGCCUGCUUCAGUGAAGAUAAUGAAUGGUACCGAGCCAAGAUCCGGCGAAAUGACCGGGACGCCAAAAAGUCUGACGUUGUCUACAUCGAUUACGGCAAUUCGGAAACAGUCCCCUGGACCCGUCUGCGACCACUGACACAACCCCAAUUUUCCACGCAGAAAGUUAAGCCGCAGGCGUCCGAUGCGGUUCUCUCGUUUCUGCAAUUUCCUGUCUCUGCUGAGUACCUGCAGGACGCGGUGGAGUAUCUGGGUGAACGGAGCUUUGACCGGCAGUUAGUUGCUAAUGUUGAUUAUACAGCGCCUGAAGGGACGUUGUAUGUUACUCUGCUGGAUCCGUUGGAGUCAAAGAGUCUCAAGCAAAGCAUCAAUGCUGAUGUGAUUCGUGAGGGUCUCGCGAUGGUCCCGCGCAAAUUGAAAUCAUGGGAACGGUCUGCGGGGGAGACGUUGGCGUAUCUGGAAAAGUUGCAGGAGGAGGCUAAGGAGGGACGGAAGGGGAUGUGGGAGUAUGGAGAUCUGACGGAGGAUUAA